CUCAUCUAAUCUCUCAAAGUGAUGGAGGGGGAGUUGGGGUUUUUUCUCCUUUUUUUUUGCUGCAGCUGCAAGAGAGAGAGAGCAAAAAGUGAGCUUGUCCACCUAGUGCUUUCUUCACAGACGGCUGCAUGAUAAUCCCAAUCUGAGGCCAUUAGUGCUCUGAGAGAGAGAGAGAGAGAGAGAGAGCGAGGGUUCACCGGAGAGAGGGAGGAGUGACUGCUCUGGACAGAGACGCACGGCUGAAAAAAGGACGGCAGAACAGGAGGAGAGCUUUUAAGGGAUUUGGCGGAGAUUUGGAGAUUCUCAUGCCGUGAUGUUGCACUUAUCUCUGCUCCUGCCAGGAUACCGCGCUCUGAAAACCCUCCAGAGCCUCUUCUUCAUUUAGUCUUUUUUUAAAAUCACAUCCGUUUUUUGUUGGGUUUUUUUUCAAAUAUUUUCUAACUUGUUUUUUGUUUAGUUUUUUUUAUUUUAUUUUUGUUGUCUUUUUUAACCGUGCAGAGCAGGCAGUCUGAGAUGACAGAGCCUUGGGUUUGAAGUGCAGUCCGUCGAAACGGGACCGAGGUUGGAGGCCCGCCUGGAGAAUCUCCUGUGAUGGAUGAAUGAAUGAAGAGUGAUCCAUGAAGAAUGGGCAGGUAGACGGAGUGGCCCGGUGCUGCCAGUACCUCUGCUGGACAUCAUCAUGAUGCCAGAGGCCUGUCCAUACCGUCUCCUCUGCCGUUCCACUUCGCUGUUGGCGUCCCGUCCAUGGCUUCAUGCGCUUUGGCUCCUGCUGGUGGGCUCCAGCCCCCUCUCACUGGGCACCCAGCCCCAGUCCAGCCUCAAAAUCGAGGGCGACAUCACCCUGGGCGGGCUCUUCCCGGUGCACUCCCGGGGCCCUGCCGGCGUGCCCUGCGGCGAGAUCAAGAGGGAGAAGGGGAUCCAUCGGCUGGAGGCCAUGCUGUACGCCUUGGACCAGAUCAACAGCGACCCCGACCUGCUGCCUAACAUCACCCUGGGGGCCCGGAUCCUCGACACCUGCUCCAGGGACACCUACGCCCUCGAGCAGUCGCUCACCUUCGUCCAGGCCCUCAUCCAGAAGGACAACUCGGGGGUCCGCUGCUCCAACGGGGAGCCCCCCAUCAUCCCCAAACCGGAGAGGGUGGUGGGAGUGAUCGGGGCGUCGGGCAGCUCCGUGUCCAUCAUGGUGGCCAACGUGCUCAGACUGUUUGCGAUCCCCCAGAUCAGCUACGCCUCCACCGCCCCGGAGCUGAGCGACAACAGCCGCUACGAGUUCUUCUCCCGCGUGGUGCCGCCGGACUCCUACCAGGCCCAGGCCAUGCUGGACAUCGUCAAGGCCAUGGGAUGGAACUACGUCUCCACGCUGGCCUCCGAAGGCAACUACGGGGAGAGCGGCGUGGACGCCUUCGUGCAGAUAUCCAGAGAAGCAGGGGGUCUCUGCAUCGCUCAGUCCAUAAAGAUCCCCAGAGAGCCCAGACGAGGCGAGUUCGACAAAAUCAUCAAGAGACUGAUGGAGACUUCUAACGCUCGCGGGGUAAUCAUCUUUGCUAACGAAGACGACAUCAAACGGGUGCUGCAGGCUGCGAAAAAGGCCAACCUGACAGGCCACUUCCUGUUUGUCGGGUCUGACAGCUGGGGGGCCAAAAGCUCCCCCAUCGAAGAUCAGGAAGAGGUGGCAGAGGGAGCGGUCACCAUCCUGCCGAAAAGAGCCUCUAUUGAUGGGUUUGACCAGUACUUCACCUCGAGGUCGCUCGAAAACAACAGAAGGAACAUCUGGUUCGCUGAAUUCUGGGAGGACGACUUCAAGUGCAAACUGACUCGACCUGGCAUAAAAUACGACCCCGACAGAAGGAAAUGCACAAGCGAAGAAAGAAUCAGCCGGGACUCUCAGUACGAACAGGAGGGCAAGGUGCAGUUUGUCAUCGACGCCGUGUACGCCAUGGCCCACGCGCUGCACAGCAUGCACAUGGACCUCUGUCCCGGCUCCAUGGGCGUCUGCGAGAAGAUGGACCCCGUGGAGGGGCGGAUGCUCCUCCAGUACAUUCGCUCUGUAAACUUUAACGGCAGCGCAGGUACGGCAGUGAUGUUCAAUGAGAACGGAGACGCUCCCGGUCGCUACGAUAUCUUCCAGUACCAAAUAUCCAACGUCAGCAACCCCGGCUACAGGGUCAUCGGCCAAUGGACAAACCACCUGCGACUUAACCUGGAGGAGAUGCAGUGGUCAGGAGGUGACCGCAAGAUCCCGGAGUCCGUGUGCAGUUUCCCCUGUGAGCCCGGUGAGAGGAAGAAGAUGGUGAAGGGCGUUCCCUGCUGCUGGCACUGUGAGCUCUGUGAUGGCUACCAGUUCCUGCUGGACGAGUUCUCCUGUGACAUGUGCCCUUUUGACAUGCGGCCCCUGAAGAACCGCACAGGCUGUCGGCCCACGCCCAUAAUCAAGUUGGAGUGGAGCUCUCCCUGGGCCAUCAUCCCUGUCUUCCUGGCCAUACUGGGAAUCCUAGCCACGACUGGAGUCAUCGCCACCUUCGUCCGAUUCAACGACACGCCCAUUGUUCGCGCAUCUGGCAGAGAGCUGAGCUACGUCUUGCUGACGGGCAUCUUUCUCAUCUACCUCAUCACCUUCUUCAUGAUUGCAGAGCCCAGUGCGGGUGUGUGCACCAUACGCAGGCUGCUGCUAGGUCUCGGGAUGUGCAUCAGCUACUCCGCAAUGCUCACCAAGACCAAUCGGAUCUACCGGAUCUUUGAACAGGGCAAGAAAUCUGUCACGCCUCCCAAGUUCAUCAGCCCCACUUCUCAGCUGAUUAUCACCUUCAUCCUCAUUUCGGUUCAGUUACUGGGGGUGUUCAUUUGGUUUGGCGUGGUUCCCCCUCACACUACCAUUGACUACGACGAGCUAAAGCCUCCGAAUCCGGAGUUUGCACGCGGGAUCCUGAAGUGCGACAUGUCUGAUCUGUCCCUUAUACUCUGUCUGAGCUACAGCAUUGUGCUCAUGAUCACCUGCACGGUGUACGCCAUCAAGAGCAGAGGAGUCCCGGAGACCUUCAACGAGGCAAAGCCCAUUGGCUUCACCAUGUACACCACCUGCAUCAUCUGGCUGGCCUUCGUUCCCAUCUUUUUUGGAACAGCACAGUCUACAGAGAAGAUGUUCAUCCAGACCACCACCCUGACCGUCUCCAUGAGCCUGAGCGCCACUGUGUCCCUGGGCAUGCUCUACAUCCCCAAGGUCUACGUCAUCAUCUUCCACCCGGAGCAGAACGUCCAGAAGAGGAAGCGCAGCUUCAAAGCCGUGGUCCAGGCGGCCACCGUGUCCACGCGCCUGUCCCAGAAGGUCAACGACAAGCAGAACGGGGAGUCCAAGAUGGAGCCGGACAGGUCUCAGUGACACGACGGGGGGGGGGGUGACAUUUAGAGCUGGAAACAUCUGAGCGUCUGUUUCUGUCCUUGAGUUGUGGAACCAAACUGCCAGCAAAUGUGGAGGUUUAGAAAACUUUAUUCAACCUGGAGGGAAACAUGGAAACAAAGGAAAAACUAACACUCACACACAUAGGGACUGUAGCAAUACUGAGCCAUCUUGAAUCAAAUGGAAAAACAACUGGUUUUUUUUAUGCUCCUUUAUCCACUGACUGCUCUAGUCUGUAGGUGGAUAAAAGGGGAGGUGGGAUUAAUUACAUUUCAAAAAUAUGAAAUUGGUGCACAAGUUUGAAUUCACGGUUGAUUUUCUAAUCCAAAAAGGGACAAAAUGAGACGUAGAAGCUCAAAUACGUACGUAAACAUCCGCCGAUAUUUGAGUAAAUGUCCUUCAGCACACCGCAGAGAAACCACACACUUUUUGAGGCGGUCAGCAUAAUUCUGGCAUAAUUUUGCACGGAUAUUUCACCAUUCUUCUUCUUAGGAAUGGUCAACGCAUUUAAAUCGCAUUCAUUCCACAAGCCUAAAGUUGGCCUGCUUCAUGCAUUCCAAAAAACAGUUUUAAUUAGGAGUGCACCGAUACAAUUUGCAGAUAGGACGAUACUUACAAGAGAAGCCGAUCUUAUCUAACUCUGCAAAGGUGUAUCCUUUUUCUCUCCUGGCUUAAGUGACAGAUCUUCUACCCGGUCACAUCUGCACGUCGCCAAUGAUUUGACUUUGUUGCUUUAUUUACCAACUUUUCAGACCAAAAAAAAGUUGGUCUGAAAAAAGCCAACUUUUUCAGUUGGCUUUUUUAUUGGCCGAUACAAAAUUUUGGCCGAUUUUGUAUCGGCCAAAAUUGGAAUCGACAGGUCAGGCUUUUCAAAAGAUAGGCGAUCGACUGGAAAAGUUGAGUCGGUGCAGCUCUAGUCUUAAUGCGUCACAUCCGCAGGUGACCAAGUUUCAGGCGACUGGCUGUGAAGUUCAAGAAUCUUGAUCUAGUCCUCCUGCUUCAACGAUCAAACAUCCAACUGCAAAUUGUGCCUGAAGUACAAAAUCUGUGCGGGUUUCAAAACAAUUUCUACAUUCCUACAUAUAUGAGCCUAUAGUUAUAAUUUUCACCCUUUGUGGAGAACAAAAAAUUCACAUUUAAUUUCUAUUUCAAAAAAUAAAAAAUAAAAAAUGCUGUUUGGGUUUAGAAACCACCCAAACAGCAUUUUGGUUCGAAUGGUUCUAAUCCGUCUCGAUUGGCCUACGAUUGGUGGACAUAAACGUCUCGGCAGGACUGUCCUUAUACCUCAGCACAAUGGAGGCGUGUUAGAAGUUUAAAACGCUCCUUUGGAAAUACUUCUUAGGAAAAAGAAAAGCAUUUUCCUUUGUCCUACAGGAAGAUUUACAUCGUUAGUGGAAGCCGUUGGGACUGAGCGGCUCCUAAAGCACUGCAUGGUCUCUGUGUUUCAUGUGUUUAUGAAUGUUUCACACGUUGUUUAUGAGGGAUGACCGUCUCGUAUCACACUGGAGGGAGGCAGAUUUAAAACAUAUCACUAUGUCUGUAUCGCUGCUGGUCUCAAUAGCCAGUCGCUUAUGUCACGCAAUAUUUCUUUCUUUUUACCAAUGUAAUAAUGAGACAACCUAAUUCGUUUUUAGGUGGAAACUUCAUUUUAGGGGCACAAACAGGACGUGGGUGAUUGUGAGCAGGAUGUUUGUUCUCUACCUGGUACUUUCGCUUAAGCAUUCUGGAAAACAAUGUUUGGUAUUUCCCCAUAUAUUGUUUGUGAAAAUAUGAAGCAUUCUGUGAAAAGGUCAGGCUGCGUGGCAGCUGUAAUGCUACCGCCUGUGAAGCUGCCAGAGCGCAGUCGAUCGGCCUUCGUCACGAUGAAAAUACAGUCGAGGAAAUGUUGGGAAUGAUUAAAAUGACACCGAAUCAAUACGAGCUCAUGUUCACCUAAUAGACCUGUUUUAGUUUCCUUUGUACACUUCAUUCAUCUCAGGAUUUCCUUUUUGUUUUUUUACAACAGAGUAAAUAGUUAAGGAGCACGACUUGAACUUUUUCACUUUCUUGUUUCACCAAACUAAAGAAAACGUUUUUACCCGUUGGUGGUGCUUCUUUGUUUGAAGGAUGGGCUGUAGGUUAGCGGCCCCUUUUUUUUUGUUUUUUUAGAAAUUAAAAUUUAUAAGUUUGAAGUGUGAAAAGGUAACAGAGAAGUCAAACAUGUUUCGGUUCAUCUUGAUUUUUUGUACCUAAUCUUAUCCUCAAAAUUGAAAAUCGUUGCCUUUCUUUUGAUGUUUAGUGAUAGAAAUAAAAUGGUAUUAGCUUGUACUGCUAACAGCAUCGUUAGCACAUCAGUUAGCAAAUCCUGCUGGUUUUUGGGUUUAGCACCUUGACCUGAAACAUGGUUUCAUGUUAGUUGUGUUACAUCACAGCAACUAACUGAAUCCUAUCAGAACUGAGCAGUUACCUUCACUUAAUUCACGUUUACAUCUCAAAAAAUUUGUUUGCAGGUUGUUCUUCAAUUAGAAAAGAAAUUAUUUAAUUUGGAUUAUGGCUUACAGCUAUGAAAAUUACAAUUUCAGUUCGUUAAGUAAAAAGUACUACAUCAGACCAAUAGACACGUAAUGUUAAAGGAAUAAAUAAAAUAGUUUGUACUGCCCUCUGCUGGAGAGCACCGCUCAGUGCAAAUAUUAGUGAAAAACACAGACUCAAUAAAAAAUAAGUUUAUUUUUGAGCUGGUUGACACUAAGCGAGAGAUUUAAAAAAAACAAAAAACUAUAACAUAAUUAAUCUAACUGUGAAUCUUUAUGACAUAAUGCCGUGAAAAUCAUCUGAAAGCGGGUAAAUAAACUCAGACAAUAAUGGUUCUAAUCAACAAUAAUAAUAAUGGUUCAGGACAAACUGAAUUUGUGUUCUAAACAAAUUUAUAACACACAACAAAAAAAGACUAUACAUCAGACAUGUUGAUGUUAAAAAAUAAAGGCACCAUUUGUUGUUUUCUGAAGUGCGUUCUCCUGACUUUUAAUAAAGAAGUAAUUACAAA